AGUGAAAAACCCUUAGACUAUUUAUAUUGUUGUUAUUAUUGUCAGAGGGACUUGUGUUGCAUCACAUUUCCUCAGGAAACCAGCGUUUGGUGAAAUCAGUGGCUUAAAGCAGACGAUUUUGCACACUUUCUACCAAACUUAGAGUGUUAUUCCCACAGUACCGACAAGGACUGCAUACGAUCUAAUCAAGCUCAUACUGUAGCUAACGCUGGCUUACCUUGUUGAUUCUAGAGUUCCAGAUAUUUUCAGCAAGGAGUGGUCUUGAUGAUCGACGAUUUCGGUAUAAAAAAGAAUGAGUGCGCUUACAGAAUCAAUCAAUGUGGAGGAGAAAUUCUCAGGAUCAUCUUUGAAUGGUAGACAAGAAGGAUCUCUAGAGAGUGCUAACAACCUAUUUGCUCCAGACAGUGGUGGGGAAUUUGACUGUGAUGGUAGCAACACAUUAAAUGGUGCAGAAAAUGCAAUUGAUCCACGGGUUGCCUUGAUCAGUCCAGAUGAUGAACAAUUUGAUAUUUUACUACAAAAACUUAAGGAAAGGUUAGAUGAAGGACAUGGUGAAACUAUCUAUGAAGUUGGUGUUGGGGAUGGAGCAGCAAGUGGACUCAGUGAAGAGGAUCUCAAAGCAUCAGUGGAUUCCUUGAAACUAUUAGCCGAGUCCUGUAAUGCUGAUGUUGUCCUGCUAAGAGAGAAGCCAGCAGAGGAGGGUACUGUUGCUGAAUAUCUUGUCCGUAAUAGAGUGGACGAGAAUGAUUUCAUGGAAGUGAGGGUGGCAGUGGUAGGCAAUGUAGAUGCUGGCAAAAGCACUUUACUUGGUGUACUGACUCAUGGAGAGCUCGACAAUGGCAGAGGCAUGGCAAGACAGAGGCUUUUCCGACAUAAGCAUGAGAUGGAAUCAGGAAGAACAAGUAGUGUGGGAAAUGAUAUCCUGGGAUUUGACAGCAGAGGAGAUGUGGUGAACAAGCCAGAUACCCAUGGAGGAGGACUUGAUUGGUCCAGGAUAUGCCAGAAGUCUUCAAAGGUCAUCACUUUUAUUGAUCUGGCAGGGCAUGAAAGAUACCUGAAAACAACAAUUUUUGGAAUGACAGGACAUGUGCCAGACUUUGCUAUGUUGAUGAUUGGGUCAAAUGCAGGAAUUAUAGGCAUGACAAAAGAGCAUCUAGGGUUGGCCCUAGCACUCAAUGUCCCAGUGUUUGUGGUGGUGACCAAGAUUGACAUGUGCCCGCCCAAUGUGCUACAGGACACUAUGAAACUCUUAUCCAGGAUUCUAAAAUCACCUGGCUGCCGCAAAAUCCCUGUCAUUGUUCAAAACAGUGAUGAUGUGGUUGUCUCAGCGACGAACUUUGUUUCUGAAAGGGUUUGCCCAAUAUUUCAGAUUUCCAACGUAACCGGUGAGAACUUGGACCUGUUAAAGAUGUUUUUGAAUUUGCUCUCAAUUCGAGCUCACUUCAGGAAAGAUGAACCAUCUGAGUUCCAGAUCGACGACACUUACUCAGUACCGGGUGUUGGUACAGUUGUAUCAGGCACGUGUCUCCGAGGUACCAUUCGACUGAAUGACACCCUUCUACUCGGCCCAGAUCCUUUGGGUCAGUUUCAACAAAUCACGGUGAAGACAAUUCAUCGCAAGAGAAUGCCAGUAAAGGAACUCCGUGCGGGACAAACGGCUUCCUUUGCUCUGAAAAAGAUAAAAAGAUCACAGAUACGUAAAGGAAUGGUUAUGGUGGAUAGACAAGUGAAGCCUCAAGCAUGCUGGGAAUUCGAAGCCGAGGUGUUGGUUCUUCACCACCCGACAACCAUCAGUACAAAAUACCAGGCAAUGGUUCACUGUGGGAGCAUGCGGCAGACGGCAACAAUAAUUCACAUGGAUAAAGACCACCUCAGAACAGGAGAUAAGGCGAUGGUGCGUUUUCGCUUCAUAAAACAACCGGAAUUCGUCAAACCGGAAACCAGAAUGAUCUUCAGAGAGGGAAGAACAAAAGCUGUCGGUACUAUACAGCAGAUCGAUCCAACUGCGCAUCCUCCGCCUCAGGUUGGCGGGAAAGUCAAACAUCGUGGACCGGGUAGAGGCACCGCACAGUCACGCGACAAAAGCAAAGACGGAGCAAGUGCGCAGGCGUCAACAAGCUCAGAAAGAACAGGGAAAAAAUGACUUGAUAGUGACGUAGUUUUCUCGUAUUUAAUUCCAUUUUUAAGGUUUUUAAGAUCUUAUUUGAUUAGUUUUAACAUAGUUUUUUUAAAAUUUAGAAAUUUAGGACCUCUAUGGUCGUUGAAAAUUUUAACAUUUCUUUUAUUUCUGUAUUUUCUUCGGUCAUAUGUUGAGGACCAGGCUUUUGUUCAGAAUUCCUUUAGUCUUCGACUUGACCAUUUAUUAUUCUUAAUUCAAAGCAAAAGAAAAGCAGUAAUUUAAACUAAGUCAUUUUAGCCGGCAGCCAGGGUAGAAUUUCAGCGAAAUAAUGAAAAUACUCUGUGUUGUCAGUCUCUACUUUCCUCUUUCUGUAUGUUCUUUGGUGAAAUAACUCCUAUCUCACGUCUUCCCAAAAAAAAACAUUUCGACGAAAAUUUCGCAUGUCCUCAAACAAAAUUAUGGCUUCGCCUUCAUAGGCGGCAGUAGCCGUAAAAGUCCUCCCUGAUUUAUCUGGAAAAAAAACCUCAGACGAAAAGUAUCUUGUGGUCCAUCCUCUUUUUGUGUCUGAACGCUUCAGACACAAAAAGCUACGCUUACCACCAUUUCCCAGUCAGUUACAAGAUCAAACUUAUUUCGUAACAAUUAAUUUUACUGCGGGAACAAAACAGACAAUUUCAUUCUCAAUAAACCUCUUCCAAAGGGGUGGUGUAGUCCAA